AUGGACGCCUCCUACGACCGCGAGUUCUGGAACUUCAGCGACCAGCUGCGCCUGCACAACAACUUCUCCAACCUCUCCAUCGCCGACUCCAUCUGGUCCUCCACCACCUCGCCACCGGAUCCUCCCUCCUCGGGCAAUCCCUCCUCCUUCCCCGGCGGCAACACCAACGCACCGGGCCUCAUCGGAUCCGCCAAGCUCGCCUUCGGCAACGCCACAACCACCAGCGCCGACCGCUACAACGCCAACGCCGCCGGUGCCGGUGUUGGUUCCAACAACGCCGCCGCCAGCAAGACCAUGAGCGUGAGCGACUACUACCUCAACAAGAACACCAACACCAACGCCGCCGCCAGCAAGACCAUGAGCGUGACCGACUACUACCUCAACAAGAACGCCAUCCCCGCCGCCGGCAAGACCAUGGACGUGGCCGACUACUACUACCUCAACAGGAACGCCAACGCCAACAACGACGCCGUCAAGAGCUACUUCAACAAGUCCGUCGGCAGGCCGGCCAACAACAACAACGUCGUCGGCGGCGGCAAGAAGAACUCCGCCGCCGCCGCCCACCACGACAAGAAGCUCAAGAACUCCGGCAACGGCAACGGCGCCGGCGUCGACAAGAGGUUCAAGAGCCUGCCGGCGACGGAGGCGCUGCCCAGGGGCGAGGCCAUCGGCGGGUACAUCUUCGUCUGCAACAACGACACCAUGGAGGAGAACCUCAAGAGGCAGCUCUUCGGGCUGCCGUCCAGGUACAGGGAUUCGGUGAGGGCCAUCAGGCCGGGCCUGCCCCUCUUCCUCUACAACUACUCCACCCACCAGCUCCACGGCAUCUUUGAGGCUGCAAGCUUCGGAGGAUCCAACAUCGAUCCAAAAGCUUGGGAGGACAAGAAGUGCCCCGGCGAGUCCCGCUUCCCUUCUCAGGUGAGGGUUGCAACGCGCAAGAUCUGUGAUCCGCUGGAGGAGGACGCUUUCCGCCCCAUCCUCCACCACUACGACGGCCCCAAGUUCAGGCUGGAGCUCAGUGUCCCUGAGGCACUCUCCCUCCUUGAUAUAUUUGCGGAGAAGAUUUUUGCCUGA